AUGGCGGCGGCGGCUGAGCCACGACAAUUUGGCGAUGCUAUUGUCGCCUUCUCUCUAGAACGGGUAUUCCCCGAGGAUGACACGUCUCUGCUACCCGUAUCCGACAUAGAUCUCGAGCCUGCCAUCCGCGCUCUAACUGGGGCUAAGGCCGACCUCGAAACCGAAAUACAUACUAUCAACGAGGAGACCAGAGAUGAUGUCAGUUCAUGGGUGCAGAAUGCCAAGACGCUGCAGGAAGACAUUAUUCGAUCCAAGACCAUUGCCAACGACAUCAUACGACAAUCGGAGGCACCCGACGUGUCAGGAGAGGCAAUUGAGGAUGCCGAGGAUAAGGCUCAAUUUCUCAAUCGUGAACUCCAAUACAGCCGGCAGCUCCACGAGGUAUUGAACAAUAUCAAAACGGCAAAUCAGCUGCUGGGUCAGGUUGACACUGCAAGGAGUGAACGACGUGUCGUCGACUCCCUACAUCUUCUUGAACAAUCUUGGACUGCCAUCGACCGAAUCGGUGUUAGCAAGUCCUGUAGGAUUCUCAGACGCCUGGACCAUCGAGCCUUCGAGCUCAAGUCGAGUGUUCAUGAAGUAUUCAAUAAUGUUUGGAAGGAAUUGAUUCAGUUUAAUGUGGAGGAGAGAAGGGUGUCUAUUCGUGAAUCCCUACCUGAGGGCGGCAUGACCCUGUCGGAUGCAGUCAUUGGUCUGAAAGCAUACAAAGAGACGGAUGAGCGUAUGGAACAGCUCUGGCGAAACCUUGACGGAUCUCUUAUUUCUCCUCGAAUGGACAAGACCAAACAACCCGCGCCUUCUGUUGCAGCCAAAGGGGACGAACUCAGCCUUACAGGAAGCAGUGACGGAUCUGUGGCUGCGUUACUUUCGGAUUUAGAGCUGGUCCUGGUUUUCGUUGCGAAAAAAGUGCCAAUGGAGUUACUCGACAGUCUAGUCAACUUCAUGAUGCCUGAUCUCAUACCUCGGUUAAUCCAGCAAUGGCUCAACCCAGCAGUCCCGUCAUCCCUGUCCGAGAUUCCUAUGUUUCAGAGUAUUAUUCAAGUCGCCCGAACAUUCUGCACCGCUUUAGAGACAAAUGGUUAUACCGGCUUCGAUGAGCUAAAGGAGUGGGUUUCCAAAUCGCACAUGACGUGGUUAGGACGAUGCCGGGAAUCUGCACUGGAUAAGAUUCGAACCAAGCUCUCCAAUGGAAUCGGCAAGCCUAAGCAAGUGGAAAAGAUCGAGAAACACAUGGUCACUGUGGCCGAGGGCAAAGAACUGGCUACGACUGGCGCCGGCGCCGCAGCAGAUACGAAUGACUGGGGUGCUGCCUGGGACGAUGCAUGGAAUGAUCAGACACAGGAGCCUGAACCACCCACACGGGCUAAAGAAGACGACGGCGCUGACGCGUGGGGCUGGGAGGAUGACGACUCCCCCCAGCAGGCGGCUGGAGACGCGAAGGAGUCUGAGGUCGAAGACGAUGCUGGAGCAGAUGCUUGGGGCUGGGGUGAUGAGGAAACAUCUGCGGAGCCAGAAGUCUCGAAACCCUCACCAAAGAAGCAAAAGAUGGAAUCCUCACCAGAGAAGACGAGAGAGCUUGUUCUCAAGGAGACUUACUAUAUUUCGUGCAUGCCAGAGCCCGUUUUGGGGCUGAUAAUGACAGUUCUCGAGGACGGCGCGGCCUUGACAGCGGACGGAGAGAAGUAUCAACUAGUGGCGUCUACGGCUCCGGGCCUCUUCAGUUUGCCGACAUUUGCAUUGGCGUUAUUCAGAGCCAUCUCGCCCUACUACUACUCCCUCAAUGUGGGCGGCAACAUGUAUCUGUAUAACGAUGCCAUGUAUAUUGCAGAACAGCUUACGAAGUUCUCCGAGGCUUGGAAAAAACGAGAGGACCUUGCACCACGAGCGCGAAACAUGCUACGUCUUGAGAAUGACAUCAAGACGCUCCAAAAUUUUGCCAACAGAAGCUACGCGAGUGAGAUGAGUAUUCAGAGAACAGUCCUACAGGACUUGGUUGGAAGUUCCCAGAGCAUCAUUCUCCAAGAUGAACCAGAAGCAGCAAUCGAAUCUGGAAUGGCACGCAUCCGAUACAUGGCCACAACUUGGGAGAAUAUCCUGGCGCGAUCAGUUUGGUCUCAAGCCAUCGGCUCUCUUGUGGACGCACUCGCCAAUCGCAUAAUCACAGACGUGCUAGACAUGCCGUCUAUAGGACAGGACGAAGCGUAUAACAUUGCUAACCUCAUUGCUACGACGACAUCGCUCGACGACUUGUUUCUCCCGAGCAAACUGAAAGGCACGGAACCAACUCGAAACGAAGCGGCCACCACAGAUCAAUAUGCGCCUAAUUGGCCGCGGUUAAAGUAUCUUGGCGAAGUGUUGCAGAGCGAUCUCAACGGCAUAAGGGCCCUGUGGUGCGAGCAAAAGCUGAGCUACUAUUUUACGGUGGAUGAGAUUGUGGAUUUGAUCAAGGCCAGUUUCGAAGAGAACCCUCGAACCAGGCAAACCAUCAAGGAGAUCCAAAACACACAAUACCCCGCCGUUGAUUUAUGA